AUUAUAACUCUAUAAAUGGACACCUCCAUUUUCUCAUUAUAUUCACAUACUCAUCUCCGUCCACAUGUAACUCCAUUUCUUGUUCCUUUUGGAUCGAAAAUGUUGCGCAUCGAGUUCUUCGCUUCGAUUCUCUUGUGCAUAAUUCUUCCUUUUUUGUUCUUGAUCUUGGCCAAAUUGAAAACCAGAUUAAAUAAUAUCUCCUCUUCCUCCAAUUCAACAAAGCUUCCAAAAGUAUACCCUAUUUUUGGUUCAAUCUUCACAAUCUUGAAAAACAAGAGUAGGCGAGUCCAAUGGACAUCGGAAAUGGUAUUAUCUACUCCCAACCUGACGUUUACUCUCCACCGCCCUUUUGGCUACCGGCAAAUGUUCACGGCCAAUGCCGCCAAUGUCCAGCAUAUGCUCAAAAACAACUUCCCUAACUAUCGUAAAGGGGAUGUUUUUCGAAAAACAUUAAAAGAUUUUCUUGGAGAUGGCAUAUUCAAUGCUGAUGGCGAUAAUUGGAGGUUUCAACGACAAGUUUCGAGCCAUGAAUUCAACACCAGAUCUCUGCGUAAUUUCGUGGAAACCGUAGUUGAUUCUGAAUUAUCCGAUCGCCUAAUCCCGGUUCUAAAAAAUGCAGCAGCUAACAAAAUUGUGAUUGAUUUUCAAGAUAUACUUCAGAGAUUUGCCUUUGAUAACAUCUGCAAGAUUGCUUUUGGAUACGAUCCUGCAUAUUUGUUACCAUCUCUUCCCCAGGCAAGAUUUGCUGUUGCAUUUGAAAGUGCUCUAACACUCAUCAGUGAAAGAUUCAACUCAAAUAUCCCUAUUAUAUGGAAAAUCAAAAGGGCUCUCAACAUAGGCUCUGAAAAGCGAUUGAAGAUUGUAGCAAACGAAGUUCGAGAAUUUGCGAAAUCAAUAAUGAAAGAGAAGAAACAAGAACUUGAUGAGAGUACUUCAAAAGAAUCUGUUGAUCUUCUGUCCAGAUUCUUGAGUUCUGGUCAUUCUGAUGAAGAUUUUGUUACUGAUAUAGUGAUAAGUUUUAUUCUGGCUGGCCGUGACACUACUUCUGCUGCAUUAACAUGGUUUUUCUGGUUGCUUUACAAUAAUGCAGAAGUGGAAAAUGAGAUCGUGGAAGAGAUUAAACGGACAUCAGAAACAACAGUUUAUGAGGAAGUGAAGGACUUGGUUUAUACACAUGCUUCACUUUGUGAAAGCAUGAGAUUAUAUCCACCAGUCCCUGUGGACACAAAAUCAGCUGUGAAUCGUGAUGUUUUACCAGAUGGGACUGUGGUCGAGAAGGGUACAAGAAUAAGUUAUCAUCCCUACGCUAUGGGGAGGGUUGAGAAAGUGUGGGGGCCAGACUGGGAGGAGUUCCGACCCCAGCGGUGGCUGGAGGACGCAGUGGAGGAAUCUGCCAGAAAGUGGAGCUUUGUGGGCAAGGAUAACUUUACAUACCCGGUGUUUCAGGCCGGGCCAAGAAUUUGUUUGGGGAAGGACAUGGCUUUCUUGCAAAUGAAGAGGGUUGUUGCCGGUGUCUUGAGGCGUUUCAGGGUGGUACCGGUGGCGGAGAAAGGCAGUGAGCCGAUAUAUAUAUCGGAUUUCACUUCAAAAAUGAAGGGAGGUUUUCCUGUGAGAGUUGAAGAGAGGGACGUUGAUCUUCUCCAAAACUAGUUGUUCAAUUAUUUCGAGUAUGUUUGGCUUUGCUUCUUUUGUAGAAGAAGAUGCGUAUUUCAUCAGUCUCACUGAAUAAGCCGAAAAAGAAGCUAAAAUGCCAGAAGUGCGAGUUUUUUAAGCUAAACCAAACAUGUUAGAAGUGUGAUGUUUUCUUGUCUGAAUUUUAAUUUUUAUAUGGGAUUACAUUGUACUUUCGUAUGAACAUCCAUAUUCAGAUUAUCUAUUCGUCAUUAAUUGCAAGUUAUUAGAAAAUA